GUAACCUGUGACCCUUUUGCUUCUCUCCGCCACCACCACCACCUCAUCAUCAUCUUCUUCUUCUCUCUCUCUCUCUCUCUCUCGAGAAAGAGAUUUUCCGUCAAAAUAUUUUUUUUUAAAAAGAAAAUAAAAGCAAAGAAAAAAAUACAAUUUUCAGAUACAGAACUUCAUCUAAUCCUCUGUUUUUAUAUAAUACGAAACAAACACUGCAUCUCUCUCUCUCUCUCUCUCCAGAGUAAAGUUCUGAUCGUGUCUCCUAUCGUUUACCUCAAAACCCAUCUCGAUCUCGUUUCUUGUUCUCUUCUGAACUUCUCAGGGUUUUAGCCCAACUAUGUGCUGAAACUGUAUUCACCUUUGUAACCUUCCUUUACCUUUAGAGUUUAGACUAGUGAUAGUGACUGUAAUUUGUAGAGAAGGAAUUGUUUUUUUUUUGUUAGCUGUUAAUGUGAAGAAAGAUUAGAACUUUGUGAGAUGGGUAAUAAGCUAGUGGGAAGGAGGAGACAAGCGGUGGAAGAAAAGUAUACAAAGCCACAAGGUUUGUAUGUGAACAAAGAUGUCGACAUUAAAAAGCUUAGGAAACUGAUUCUUGAGUCUAAGCUUGCUCCUUGCUACCCUGGAGAUGAUGAAAGCUGUCAUGAACUCGAAGAAUGCCCCAUUUGCUUUUUGUACUAUCCUAGCCUCAAUAGGUCAAGAUGUUGCAUGAAAAGCAUUUGUACAGAGUGUUUUUUGCAAAUGAAGAAUCCUAAUUCAGCUCGGCCUACUCAGUGCCCCUUUUGUAAAACACCCAACUAUGCUGUUGAGUACCGUGGAGUAAAGAGCAAGGAGGAGAAGGGCAUUGAGCAAGUUGAGGAGCAACUGGUUAUAGAAGCCAAGAUAAGGAUGAGGCAGAAAGAAAUGCAGGAUGAUGAAGAGAAAAUGCAGAAACGUUUGGAAUCAUGUUCCUCUAGCACAAGCGCAGUGACUGGUGAAAUUGAAUAUGGCUCAGCUUCAGCUAUGUCUUAUAAUUCUCCUAUGGAAGAUGCGGAAACUGCUUCAUCUCAGAACACGUCAGUUAGACAGAGAGGAAACAGGGAUGAUGUUGACCUUGAAGAAUUAAUGGUUAUGGAAGCAAUAUGGCUCUCCAUUCAGGAAACAGAGAUGGAGAGAAGUUCAGGUAAUGGAGAGAUUGCACCUUGUAGUCAGUAUGUAUCAGAAGAAGAACCAGCAAUGCCGUCUUCUUGUGCAAUCUCUGCACUUGCUGAACGCCAGCAAAUGGUUGGUGAAUCCUCCAAUCACAAUCACAAUCACAACGUCAACGUUUCUUCAUACACUAUGCUUCCUGGCAACUGCGACAGUUACUACGACGUAGAACAAGAAGUAGACGACAUUGACCACCACCAUAAUCAUUACCAUAACAACACUGAGAUGGGAGAAACAGGGAGCAGCAGCUAUGUAAGCUCGUACAUGAACGGAGAGGGCUUCCACAACUUUCCUCCUCCUCCUCCUAUGGUCAUUGUUCCAGAGAGUUUUGAAGAGCAGAUGAUGAUGGCUAUGGCUGUGUCUUUGGCAGAGGUUCAUGCCACGACCACAAGUGCACCAACUGAAGUUAGUUGGCAAUAAAAUAGUGUAGUAAUGGAAACUCAUGGUAGUCACUUCAUUCAUAUAAUGUCUGUUUUUAUAGGAUGAAAGAAAAAGAAAAAAAAAACAGAAUAUCCUGUUUUAAUAGAAAAUUGUUGGGUUGUGUUCAAAAGCUUCUUAUGUUAUUAAAUCUCUGUGGUUCUUUCUUUUGUUAGUGAAGGAUAUCACAUGUGUUUUGUCUCUUUGAUAUUAAAAGAAAUGAGAAGAGAGGCUUUCAAGGA